AUGACCCAGCGGGCCCGGAUCCCGUGGCUGUCCUGGGCUCUGCUGCUUCUCUGGGUCCCAGGUUGUUGGUCUCUGAGUGGCCCCACCUCCGUGACGGGCACCAUGGGGGGAUCCGUGAGCGUGCAGUGUCAGUACGAGGAGGAAUUCACAGAGAAUGCCAAGUACUGGUGCAAAAGUCUGUGUGUGUGGAAGAUCGUAAAGACCAAAGGGACAGACAGAGAAGUGAGGAAGGGCCGUGUGUCCAUCAGGGACCAUCCUGCAAACCUCACCUUCACAGUGACCUUGGAGAGUCUCACAGAGGAUGAUGCCGGGAUGUACCUGUGCGGGAUCGAUUCAUCACUGCUCCCAGGAUAUUUGUUCGACGACACCUUCCAAGUUGUGCUGUCUGUGACCCCAGCAACAACGCCUGCCUCACCUGUCAGCAUCACUGUAACCCAAAUGUCAACAACCACAGCUAAAAUUACGACCUCGCCGUCCCCGCCCUCCUCCGCUGCCCCGACCGCCGAGGGAGCCACCUGCAGUGCAGGCAGCGGGGAGGAGUUCCCGCCGAGCCAGGGCCUGAGGCUCCAAGUUCUCCUCUCCUUGUUGGCACUUCUGCUGCUUCUGCUGGGGGGCAGCUCGCUGCUGACCUGGAGGAUGGUUUGCAGACGGGUCAAAUCUGGCGAGAAUCCAAAGCAACCACGGUUCCCCGGUCAGCAAGAGGAGCCCCACUAUGAGAAUCUGGAGCUGCAGACGUGGCCCCUUCGGGAAGAGCCCAUGCAUCCGAGGCAGCCAGAGGUGGAAUACAGCACAGUGAAGACUCCCAGGGAAGAACCUCACUACUCGACCGUGGUAUUUGGCUUCCAGAGUGGGGGUUCUGAGGCCAACAGCAUUCGCUCCCAGAGGACCCUGGACAAGGAGACACAGUACAGCUGCUCCCCUCGACGGUCACCAAUAAGGCAGCUGGGUGCCAUCAGCGUGGUUGGCUUUGUUGAGGAUGAGUGGGAGUGGGAUUCCAGUGGGGACCUGUAG